UCACUUAUCUUUUGUCUGUGCAAUCCCAAUUAACUACCGACUUUGCCUAAUAUAGAAACAAUGGAUAUGAUUGGGAAUUACUAUUCUGGGGAUUUCCUUGCGGCGGCUGCGUCGUCUUCUCUGUUUUGGCAGGAACAGAGCACCGCCGGCGCCGCUGUUUCCUCGCCAAUUUCUUCCGACGACACUGGAAGUUCCAGCAGCCAUUGCAGUUUUACGACGAAAUCGAAUAUGUUUGAAGAGGAUAUGGUCAUGUUGGCUUCGAACAACCCCAAGAAACGCGCCGGCCGGAAGAAAUUUCAGGAGACGCGUCACCCGGUGUACAGGGGAGUGAGGCAGAGGAAAUCCGGCAAGUGGGUCUGCGAGGUCAGGGAGCCCAACAAGAAGUCCAGGAUUUGGCUCGGGACCUUCCCGACGGCGGAGAUGGCUGCCCGGGCUCACGACGUCGCCGCCAUUGCUCUCCGAGGCCGAUUCGCCUGCCUCAAUUUCGCAGACUCUGCCUGGCGGCUUCCCGUCCCGGAUUCCUCCGCCGCUAAGGACAUCCAGAAGGCCGCUGCUGAGGCGGCGGAGGCCUUCCGGCCUGAAACAGGAACUGAACCCGCCGCCGAGGCAGGGGAGAUGACGCCUGAAAAUUAUGGGUUCUUGGUGGACGGGGAGGCGCUUCUUGAAUCGCCGGGAUUUUACACUGACAUGGCAGAAGCUCUUAUGCUGCCUCCACCUGGAUAUACUGAUGGUGACGUGGAGCCUGUCGCUGACGUGUCACUGUGGUCUUACUCCUUUUGACUGCUCACUCCUCUAUGGUGUAAUUGAGUUGUCUAUUAUUCUGUACUAUUAGUUAGCUUAGUGUUAGUGUAUGUAGGAUGCAAUUAUAAUUAUAAUAAUAAUAUACUCUCUCCGUCCCGUAAAGAUGUUCCCGCUUUCCUUCUUUGGGUAUCCCAAAAAGAAGUUCAAUUUUCCCUAAACGGAAAGUUAUCCUACAUGAUCAAAACAGUGUCAAACAGUGCAAAACAAUGCCAAACAGUGUCAAAAUAGUAAAUUUACUCCUUGGUAAGUUUAUUUCCUUAUUAUAUGUGUAGAUCAAACCGGGAACAUCUUUGGAGGACGGAGGGAGUAAUUAUUAUUAUAGACAUAAAAGAAAGAAGAAUACAAGUUGAGAGUGAUUUUGUUCACCUCUCUUUGUCUUUCUCCAAGCAGCCAAUUAUGGACUGUGGUAUCCCAAUCUCUUUCUUUUUGUGUACAUUUCCUGAAGCUCCACGGAUGGCCAUAAGUAGUCCAUCUAUAAUCUUUAUGGGAAAGUCAUUUGUUUGCAAAAAUCUAAAAAUGCCUCCCAUAUACGAAGUAUGUAACGUCUUUUAUAUUGAUUUAUAAUAUUAUACUUCCUAUGUCGAAUGUAUAUGAUAUUUUAUUGAAUAUUUUAAUGAUAUUUAGGAG